UGCGCUUGCACAGCUCACCGCCGCUAGCUUCCCUGAUCGCCGGCGAUGGCGAUGGCGCGCGGUUACGCUUACGGUUACAGCCACAUACAGACCGCCGCAGCCGCGCUGCUGGUCGGCUGGGCGCUGGCCGCCGCCUUGCCGGCCGCGGCGUUCGCGCCGUCCGCCUGGAGCAAGGGCAGCGCCACGUUCUACGGCGGCAGCGACGCGUCCGGCACCAUGGGCGGCGCGUGCGGUUACGGGAACCUGUACGCGCAGGGGUACGGGACGCGGACGGCGGCGCUAAGCACGGCGCUGUUCAACGAUGGCGCGUCGUGCGGGCAGUGCUACAGGCUGGUCUGCGACGCGUCCACGGACCCGCGGUGGUGCCGCCGCGGUGGCCGGGGCGCGUCGGUGACCGUCACGGCGACCAACUUCUGCCCGCCCAACUACGCGCUCGCCUCCAACGGCGGCGGGUGGUGCAACCCGCCGCGGCAGCACUUCGACAUGGCGCAGCCGGCGUGGGAGCGGAUCGGCGUCUACCAGGGCGGGAUCGUGCCGGUGCUGUUCCGCCGCGUGCCCUGCAGGCGCCGCGGCGGGGUCCGGUUCACGGUCAGCGGCAGGGACUACUUCGAGCUCGUGCUCGUCACCAACGUGGCCGGCGCCGGCGCCGUGCGCGCCAUGGACGUCAGGGGCACCAGCUCCGCUGGAUGGAUGCCCAUGUCCAGGAACUGGGGCGCCAACUGGCAGUCCCUGGCGUACCUCAACGGGCAGGGGCUCUCGUUCCGGGUCACCGCCGACGAUGGGCAGACCGUCGUGUUCGCCGACGUCGUGCCGCCGUCGUGGACGUUCGGGCAGACGUACGCGAGCAGGCUGCAGUUCAAGUAGACCACAUGGGCAUGGGCUGGGCCGAAUUGAUCGAAGUCGUCGGCCGUGGCGUGCUUUGCUGGUGGGUCUCUGUCACUGUCAGUUUAGCUGCCCGCCUACGCGUGCUGAGCCCAACCCAGACACUAUCUCUGCUUGUAAAGUUGUAAUGUCAGCGUUGUCGGCCAUUUUUUUUUGGUCUUCCUUGUGUGUAUUGAUGAUGAUGAUGCGUGUCAGUGUUAAUGAACUUUUGGUAAUCUAUAAUUAAGGAUAUAAGUGUU